GGCUCCCCAGGAUUACUCAGGCCCCGAUGCUCAGCCGGAAAUUCUCAUGGGAGCUUUGAGCCAUAGCCACUUGCCUCGGGUCGGAAUUGGACAGUCCCCUGAAUUGUACUAGGAAGAAAGUCCAGGGAAGUGGCUGACUUGCCUACAGGGCUUGCCUAAACAGGCACCACUUUCUUGACUUCACCAAAGCGGGCAAAGGGAGGCAAGAGCUGGGGCCAGGACCUGUGGCGAAUCUGCAGCCUCCUGGACGUUUGGCCGCGCAAGAAAGGGGCAGGCAAGAGGAGCAGAGAAGCCCGCGUCUCGUCCACCCAUUCGCCCCGCCCGCCUGACGAAUCUGCGCCCGUUCAACGCGCCACUCAAAUCUCCCCAGCUCUGGCUGGCCUCCUCCCUUCGCCCCGCCCCCUUUUCCUCCGGGAUUAGUCGCUGCUUUCGUCGCCACCGAUUCGUCAACGGCCCCAGGCCAGAGCAGCUGGAUAGCCGUGGUGAAGCCCACUCUGCGGGGGAUGCGGCCAAUCUCCAGGCUCCCUAGGCUGCAAUUCUCAAGCCUCCUAGGACGCCGGCCGAGGCGAAACCGCUAUCCUAGGCCCCGUUGGUCUCCCAGUGGCGCCCGUGGCGAAAGUGCGAAUGUCGACGCUGUGCCUGCUGGGCCUCGCGCAGUGUAAAUGAGCAAAGAUGGAUCAGGAAGGUGGGGGAGAUGGGCAGAAGACCCCGAGCUUCCAGUGGCGAAACUACAAGCUCAUUGUGGACCCUGCCUUGGACCCUGCCCUGCGCAGGCCUUCUCAAAAGGUGUACCGCUACGACGGAGUCCACUUCAGUGUCAACGACUCAAAGUAUAUCCCAGUCGAAGACCUCCAAGACCCCCGUUGCCAUGUCAGGUCCAAAAACAGAGACUUCUCCCUCCCAGUCCCGAAGUUUAAGCUGGAUGAGUUCUAUAUUGGACAGAUCCCUCUGAAGGAAGUGACUUUUGCAAGACUAAAUGACAACGUGCGGGAGACCUUCCUGAAGGAUAUGUGCCGGAAGUAUGGCGAGGUGGAAGAGGUGGAGAUCCUUCUUCACCCCCGUACUCGCAAGCACCUGGGCCUGGCCCGAGUGCUCUUCACCAGCACUCGAGGAGCCAAGGAAACGGUCAAAAACCUCCACCUUACCUCCGUCAUGGGCAACAUCAUCCACGCCCAGCUCGACAUCAAAGGACAACAGCGAAUGAAGUACUAUGAACUGAUUGUCAAUGGCUCCUACACCCCCCAGACAGUGCCCACUGGGGGCAAGGCCCUGAGCGAGAAGUUCCAGGGCCCUGGUGCAGCCACUGAGACGACUGAAUCCCGCCGCCGCUCCUCCUCUGACACAGCUGCCUACCCAGCAGGUCCUGCUGCGGUGGGCACUCCUGGCAAUGGCACCCCCUGCUCCCAGGACACAAGCUUCUCCGGCAGCCGGCAAGACACCCCAUCUUCCUUCGGCCAGUUCACCCCUCAGUCCUCCCAAGGAACCCCCUACACCUCUCGGGGCAGCACCCCCUACUCUCAGGACUCUGCCUACUCCAGCAGCACCACUUCCACCUCCUUCAAGCCCCGGCGGUCAGAGAACAGCUACCAGGACUCCUUUUCCCGCCGCCAUUUCUCUGCCUCUUCGGCCCCCACAACCACCGCUGCAGCCAUUUCUGCCACCACUGCAGCCACCGCCACAUCCUCCACCUCUUCCUCCUCAUUGUCCUCGUCCUCCUCGUCCUCAUCCUCCCAUUUCCGUGGUUCUGACUCAAACUACCCGGCAUAUUAUGAAAGCUGGAAUCGCUACCAACGCCAUUCUUCCUACCCACCCCGCCGGGCCACUCGGGAGGAGCCCCCCGGGGCGCCUUUUGCUGAGAACACAACUGAGCGCUUCCCACCUUCCUACACCUCCUAUUUGCCCCCUGAACCCAGCCGCCCCGCUGACCAGGACUACCGGCCUCCUGCCUCAGAGGCUCCGCCCCCGGAGCCCCCAGAACCUGGUGGAGGGGGUGGUGCCGGGGGGCCCAGCCCUGAGAGAGAAGAAGCUCAGACCUCCCCCCGCCCAGCUUCGCCCGCCCGCUCCGGCUCCCCAGCCCCAGAGACCACCAAUGAGAGCGUGCCCUUUGCUCAGCACAGCAGCCUGGACUCGCGCAUUGAGAUGCUGCUGAAGGAGCAGCGCUCCAAGUUUUCUUUCCUGGCCUCUGACACAGAGGAGGAGGAAGAGAACUCGGCCGCAGGCCCUGGGGCGAGGGACACAGGGAUUGAGGUGCCUUCUGGUUCGGGUCACGGGCCCUGCACGCCGCCUCCAGCCCCCGCUAAUUUUGAGGAUGUGGCGCCUGCAGGGAGCGGGGACCCAGGGGCCACCCGGGAGUCUCCCAAGGCCAACGGACAGAACCAGGCUUCGCCGUGCUCUUCUGGAGAGGACAUGGAGAUCUCCGAUGACGACCGGGGCGGCUCACCCCCUCCGGCCCCAACGCCCCCCCAACAGCCUCCCCCUCCGCCCCCACCGCCCCCUCCUCCUCCUCCCUACCUGGCUUCCCUUCCCCUUGGCUAUCCCCACCAGCCUGCCUACCUCCUCCCACCCCGACCUGAUGGGCCACCGCCCCCCGAGUACCCCCCGCCUCCUCCGCCACCCCCCCACAUCUAUGACUUUGUGAACUCCCUAGAGCUCAUGGAUCGACUCGGGGCUCAGUGGGGAGGAAUGCCCAUGUCCUUCCAGAUGCAGACCCAGAUGUUAACUCGGCUCCACCAGCUGCGGCAGGGCAAGGGCUUGACUGCUGCCUCGGCAGGUCCCCACGGCGGGGCCUUCGGGGAGGCCUUCCUCCCGUUCCCGCCCCCUCAGGAGGCGGCCUACGGCCUGCCCUACGCUCUGUACACACAAGGGCAGGACGGCCGAGGGGCGUACUCCCGGGAGGCUUACCACCUGCCUCUGCCCGUGGCCGCUGAGCCCCUGCCCUCCUCUUCAGUCUUGGGAGAGGAGGCCCGACUACCUCCAAGGGAGGAAGCAGAGCUGGCGGAGGGCAAGGCCCUGCCGUCAGCGGGCACUGUGGGCCGCGUGCUGGCCACCCUCGUCCAGGAGAUGAAGAGCAUCAUGCAGCGAGACCUCAACCGCAAGAUGGUGGAAAACGUGGCCUUUGGAGCCUUUGACCAGUGGUGGGAGAGCAAGGAAGAGAAGGCCAAGCCAUUCCAGAAUGCAGCCAAACAGCAAGCCAAGGAGGAAGAUAAAGAGAAGACAAAGCUCAAAGAGCCCGGCCUGCUGUCCCUCGUAGACUGGGCGAAGAGCGGGGGUACCGCAGGCAUCGAGGCCUUCGCCUUUGGGUCAGGACUGCGAGGGGCCCUGCGGCUGCCUUCUUUCAAGGUAAAACGAAAAGAGCCUUCAGAAAUUUCAGAAGCCAGCGAGGAGAAGAGGCCCCGGCCUUCCACUCCAGCCGAGGAAGACGAAGAUGACCCUGAGCGAGAGAAGGAGGCUGGAGGGACAGGACGUCCGGGGACCAAGCCCCAAAAGCGCGAUGAAGAGCGAAGCAAGACCCAGGGCAAGCACCGCAAGUCCUUUGCUCUGGACAGCGAGGGGGAGGAGGCAUCCCAGGAGUCCUCCUCGGAGAAGUCCCUAUUUGUCCCUUUCCUUGAGGAGGACGAGGAGGAGGAGGAAGAUGAGGAAGAUGACGAUCAUGAGGAAGCCAUGGAUACUGCAAAGAAGGAGGCAGAGGCAUCAGAUGGCGAGGACGAGGGAAGCGAUUCGUCCUCCAAAUGUUCUCUGUAUGCUGACUCAGAUGGUGAAAAUGAUAGCACCUCGGACUCAGAGAGUGGCAGCUCGUCCAGCUCCUCAUCUUCCUCAUCUUCCUCCUCAUCGUCAUCAUCGUCAUCCUCAUCUGAGUCCUCUGAAGAAGAAGAGGAAGAAGAGCAGCCAGCAACCACCUCCUCAGUGUCACCACCUAGAGACGUCCCUGUGCCCCUGCCAGCACCGGUGGAGGAACCCAAGCCAGAGAGGACUGCGGGCUCCCCCAUCACCCCGCUCCCUGAGCAGGAGAAGUCUCCAGCACGGCCUGCAGGUUCCGCCGAGGAGCCAGCACCCAGUGCGCCCCAGCCUCCCCCAGAGCCCCCGGCUGGCCCUCCAGCCUCUGCCGCCUGCCCUGACGAGCGCCCCUCCUCUCCGAUCCCCCUCUUGCCCCCACCCAAGAAACGCCGGAAAACCGUCUCCUUCUCUGCUGUGGACGAAGCGCCGGCCCCGGAACCUUCCCCAGCGGCCCCCCAGCAGGUCAAGGCUCCUGGCCCCGCCUCCCGCAAAGCCCCCCGGGGCGUGGAGCGGACCAUUCGCAAUUUGCCCCUGGACCACGCGUCUCUGGUCAAGAGUUGGCCUGAGGAGGUGUCCCGAGGAGGUCGGGGCCGGGCCGCAGGCCGAGGGCGCUCUGCCGAGGAAGAGGAGGCUGAGCCGGGGACAGAAGUGGACCUGGCGGUGCUGGCCAACCUGGCCCUGACCCCAGCCCGACGUGGGUUGGCUGCCUUGCCUAUUGGCGAUGACCCAGAGGCCACAGAGACAUCGGACGAGGCAGACCGCCCGGGCCCUCUGCUCAGCCACAUCCUACUGGAGCACAACUAUGCCCUGGCCAUCAAGCCUCAGCCCUUCCCGCCGUCCCCUCGGCCGCUGGAGCCCGUUCCUGCCCCUGCCGCCCUCUUCAGCUCCCCGGCAGAUGAGGUCCUGGAGGCCCCCGAGGUGGUGGUGGCUGAGGCCGAGGAACCAAAGCAGCAGGAGGAGGGGGAGGAGGAGGAGGAAGAGGAGGAGUCCGAGUCGUCUGAGAGCAGCAGCAGCAGCAGCAGCACCGGGGAGGGGGCCAUCCGGCGGCGCAGCCUCCGCUCCCACACUCGGCGCCGGAAGCCGCCCCCGCCGCCCCCUCCCCCACCGCCUCCCACCUUUGAGCCCCGCAGUGAGUUUGAGCAGAUGACCAUCCUGUAUGACAUUUGGAACUCAGGCCUGGAUCUGGAGGACAUGGGCUACCUGCGGCUCAUGUACGAGCAGCUGCUGCAGCAGACAAGCGGGGCCGACUGGCUUAACGACACCCACUGGGUCCAUCACACCAUCACCAACCUGAGCACUCCAAAACGCAAGCGGCGGCCCCAGGAUGGGCCCCGGGAGCACCGGACGGGCUCCGCCCGCAGCGAAGGCUAUUACCCCAUCAGCAAGAAGGAGAAGGACAGGUACCUGGACGUGUGCCCUGUCUCAGCCCGGCAGCUGGAAGGGGCGGACACUCAGGUGAGGCCCUGCCCUGAUCUAUGCCCACCGGCAUCCUCUUCCCACUGCUUCUCCGUCACGUGCUUCCGUCCUGUUCUCCAGGGGACUAACCGUGUGCUGUCGGAGCGCCGGUCUGAGCAGCGGCGGCUGCUGAGCGCCAUCGGCACCUCGGCCAUCAUGGACAGCGAUCUGCUGAAGCUAAACCAGCUCAAGUUCCGGAAGAAGAAGCUCCGAUUCGGCCGGAGCCGGAUCCACGAGUGGGGUCUGUUUGCCAUGGAGCCCAUCGCAGCCGAUGAGAUGGUCAUCGAAUAUGUGGGUCAGAACAUCCGCCAGAUGGUGGCCGACAUGCGGGAGAAGCGCUACGUGCAGGAGGGCAUUGGCAGCAGCUACCUGUUCCGGGUGGACCACGACACCAUCAUCGACGCCACCAAGUGUGGCAACCUGGCGAGGUUCAUCAACCACUGCUGCACGCCCAACUGCUACGCCAAGGUGAUCACCAUCGAGUCCCAGAAGAAGAUUGUGAUCUACUCCAAGCAGCCCAUCGGCGUGGACGAGGAGAUCACCUACGACUACAAGUUCCCGCUGGAGGACAACAAGAUCCCGUGUCUGUGCGGCACGGAGAGCUGCCGGGGCUCCCUCAACUGAGGUGGGCAGCGGCGCCCACACCCCUAUUUAUUCCCCUGGUGCCCUGAGCUCCCAGCACCCAGCCUUAGUGGGCUCAGGAGGGCCCACGGGCCCCCAUCUCUGAGUAAGGAGUUGGGCCCCUGAGCCCCGCAAGGGAGCCUCAGUCCCUAAGGCAGUGUCUGCCUCCCGUCACCCCUGCCCCCCACCCUAAUUUUUUUCUUUGCGGAGAAGAAGCUGUAAAUGUUUUGUAGCUGCCAGCAGCUGUUUCCUGUGGAAACCGGGGUGCCAGCCUGUAUAGAUCCUGUUCUUGGGGGCCGCACAGCCCUCUUGCUUUGUGUUAAUGGGGACUUCCCUUGUGUGCCCUGUGUGCACCCCUCCCCAGUUUAGGGGUCUCUAGGGGCAGUGGCCAUGUUCUCCCCCUGGGGAGGGGGGCCCUGUGCCUCCCAGUCCUGGGGACUCCGUGCCUGGAACCCUGCCUCGUCUUCUGUUCCUGCCAGGCCCUGUGGGUCACCCUUCUGCCCUGGUGUCUGCCAGCUCUGGUUGGGCCAGGCCAGGAUGGUGGGGGGAGCGGGCCCUUCCUGUUGGGCUGGAUUGUACAUAUGUUAAUAGCGCAAACCCAAUGCCACAUUUUUAUAAUUGUGAUUAAACUUUAUUGUACAAAAA